CCGCGAUGCCGCGAGGACGCGGGGCGCUCGCCAGGCCCCAGAAUGCAAUGCGGAUACGUGUGCGCCGCUCCACUGCCGAGCGACCGCGGGAAAAUUCCAAAAAAAGUCUAAACAAAACAAAAAGCCAGUACGAGCAAAGCCACAGUUUCAAGCCGCAAAACCCGGGCGGUGGCAGCCUUUCCGCCAAGGCCUAAACUGCUGAAGCAGCUCUGGCGCGGACCACCCGGUAGAAUACUGGACUGGGUGCCAGGAGACCUGGAUUCUGCUCUAGCUGGGACUCCAAGCAGAUGGAUAAUCUAAGGAAGAUUUGAUGUGUAUUCACUGUUCCUGCAGUGCUUGGCAGAUCACUGUGAAAGGUACAUCACCUUUUCCUGUUUUCUGAGAUGGCCCAAGAUUCAGUAGGCCUUUCUUCUGAUUAUCAGUUUUGGAUGCAGAAGCUUUCUGUAUGGAAACAGGCCUCCACUUUGGAAACCCAGCAAGACAUCUGCCUUUACCUGCCUCAGUUCCAGGAGUUCCUGAGGCAGAUGUAUGAAGCCUUGAAAGAGAUGGAUUCAAAUACAGUCAUUGAAAGAUUCCCCACAAUUGGGCAACUGUUGGCAAAAACUUGUCGGAAUCCUUUUGUCUUGGCAUAUGAUGAAAGCCAAAAAAUUCUGAUAUGGUGCUUGUGUUGUCUGAUUAACAAAGAGCCACAGAAUUCUGGAGAAUCACAACUUAACUCCUGGACACGGGGGCUGUUAUCUCGUAUACUUGCGGCAUUCAGAUCUGAUAUAAAAGAAGUUGAUCUUUUUACUCAAGGUCUUGGGUAUGCACCCGCAGAUUACUAUCCUGGUUUACUUAAAAAUAUGGUUUUAUCGUUAGUGUCUGAACUCAGAGAGAAUCAUCUUAAUGGAUUUAACACUCAAAGUCGAAUGGCUCCUGAACGAGUAAGGUCCCUGUCACGAGUUUGUGUCCCACUUGUUACUCUGCCAGAUUUUGAACCACUGGUGGAGGCUCUGCUCACCUACCAUGGACAGGAACCUCAGGUGCUCUGGCCUGAGUUCUUUGAUGCUGUGAAUGAGGCCUUUUUGCUGAGGAAGAUUUGUCUCCCCGUGUCAGCUGUACUCUGCCUCUGGCUUCGGCACCUUCCCAGCCUUGAAAAAGCAGUGCUGCAUCUUUUUGAAAAGCUGGUCUCCAGUGAGAGAAACUGUCUGAGAAGGAUCGAAUGCUUUAUGAAAGAUUCAUUGCUGCCUGAAGCAGCCUGCCACCCUGCCAUAUUCAGAGUCGUAGAUGAAAUGUUCAGGUACGCACUCCUGGAAACCGAGGGAGCCCCAGAAGUACUGGCCGCGAUGCAGGUGUUCACACGAUGCUUUGUAGAAGCUCUGGAAAAAGAAAACCAGCAGCCGAAGUUUGCACUCAAGACCUACUUUCCUUAUGCUUCUCCAUCUCUUGUCAUGGUGUUACUCCAACGCCCGAAAGAUAUCCCACAGGGACUGUGGCAUCGGCCACUGAAACGUAUUUCCGAAAUGCUCAAAGAAAUAGUUGAAGACGAAACUCAAGGGUCCUCCGGAGGCCCCUUUGAGAGUUGGUUUCUGUUGGCUCACUUUGGAGGAUGGGCUGACAUCGCGGCUGAGCAGUUACUGACAUCGGUGGGCGACGCCGAACCCCAGGCCUUGCUGUGGCUCCUGGCUUUCAGCUCCAGCCCAGGCGACGGGCCUCAGCAGAGAGCACAGACCAUGGUGGAGGUGAAGGCGGUGCUCAGCCACCUCGGGAGGCUGCUCGGAAGUCCGACCCUCUCGGCCAGGGAUUUGCUGGCGGCAGCUGGAGAGAGCCGAGAGGGAGACCCCAGGCCGCCUGCCUGUCAACAGCUGACCAGGCGCCUCCUGCUCAACUUCCUGCUCUGGGCUCCGGGGGGCCGCGCGAUGGCCCGGGACGUCAUCACCCUCAUGGCGCGGACUGAUGAGAUAAUGCACGAGAUUGUUGGUUUUCUGGAUCAGACCUUGUACAGAUGGGAUCAUCUUGGCGUGGAUGCCCCGGGGUCGAGAAAACUGGCCAGAGAGCUCCUCGCAGAGCUGCGGGGGCAAGCCUAGCGCAGGCUGGUUAGCCAGUGAGCUGCCACGCCACGGGCUGGUGUGGCCGCUUCUUGGCCCCAAGUUUACAGACUGGGUACUUCUUGUGAGUUGUGAGGGUGCGCCAUAAACAUCUGGCCAGCUCUGGUGGCGCGUAUUUUACAAGAUGAGAAGACAGGUGCUGCAGCCCGAAUUCAGUCAGAUUUACUGACUCAUGGCUGGAUUAUGGUUUCAAAGCUCCCUGUGCCUGGUCAGCCUGGAUGUCAAUCACUAAAGAAAAGGCUUAGAUGGGAGAACAGAUUUUUCUUUCCUUUUUUUUUUUCUCCACAGCAAACCAAGAUGCACAACUAUAUUAUUUGGA